AUGUCCAUCACCACACACCUGACUUUGAGAGCACCUACACAACAUGACGUAUAUCACAACUUAAGAGGCGACAGCUACUGCCAGCCACUAUCCGGGUCAGCCGUUUUCACAAGCUACAAGCCCGCCGACAUUGCGGAUCUGAGCGAGAUCCGGAUUUGCCUCAUUCGUGUGGUAUCGAGGAUAGACAGGGAUGAGACAAAUAACAGCGGCUGCUUGCUGGGCCGCCUAAGUCGCUUGAAGCAACCUUGCACAAAACCAGCGCCUCUCCAUACAACCCAAAAUUGCUGCAUUGUUCAAGAAGUGACGGUCCACGAACCCGUUGUCUCCGCCGAUACCCAGGAAGAACCCACACGAAGAGAGGAAAGAACUUCCAAGGUCUCAUUUCAACUGUCAAUUCCUGCAAACCUUGCAGCUACAACAAUCACGGAGCUGGCUGAUGUAUCCUAUGUUCUCGUCGCUUCUGCGGUCACUUCGAAUGGUCGGCAUUUAAACGCUUGCCAUGAGCUCCGAAUUAUCCGACAAAUUAUUCCCGAUCGCCCGUCAAUUCAGAACACGCGCAUGUACUCGGGCUUGAACCUAAUAACGAAGAUUAUCUUGACCCAAGGCAUCACGUCUGUGGCAACUUCCAAUAUGCCGCUGAAUGUGGAGGUGUUUGUUCGACCGACCAGACCUGCCGAUCGACCGAUGGAGUAUAGAUGUGUGGCGAUUCGGGGCAUUCGAUGGCGCGUUGAAGAGAUUACCAAGAUUUUCUAUCAGCCAGAUCUUGAAGCAAACAAUGAAGAGGUUCAGCCAAUCGAGGAGCAAUCGUCCACUCAGGAAAUAUUCAGUGGGAUUCAAAAGGGGUAUUGGAAGGCUGAGAAGAAUCAGAGCAAGAUGGAACACUCGGCACGGCAGCAAGACCCAUCAGUUGAAAUUUCAUUUCAGAUUGCAGCUCCUCGGGGUAUCAAUGCAGCAAGCGAAAUCAAUAUUGAAAACUAUGACCCCAGUUCAAAGUCACUGGAUUCCAUACCAUCUGAGCUCCAAGAAUCAUUCUCUUCUACCACAUCGAGAAGGAUGCUUAUCACUGUUGAGCAUCAGAUAAAGCUUGAUAUUUUCUCGUCCGAGGAUACAUUUUGCGUCGUCAAGCAUACGCUGGUUGACCGCAAGCCACUACAGACAGCCUUGAAUGCUUGCUUCCCACUUCGAAUCACCGAUAGGGGCACAGGUAAUGUGGGAGAAGACUUGAAUCGGCGAAAUCCGCCACGAUAUGAGGAAAUUCCUGAAUCACCUCCAGGUUAUGAUCGAGCUUUACGCUAG